AUGGCCGCAUUCAAAAAGUAUCCGAAUCCACUGAAUCGUGCCGUCACAGGGAUAGACGUCGUCAAACAGACACUGGAAGCGGGAAAGAUACUUACAGAGAGAAUUAUUCAGUCACAUUUCAGUAUUCCCAGUUGGGCGACCAAGCUGACCGGCUUCUCUGGCACCCAAUAUUCACACGAAUACACAGUCAUCGAUCCACAUAGAAAAGAGUUCUCGUUGACGACAAGAAAUCUCAAUGGCUCAUCAUUCCUGCGUGUCGACGAGAAAUUGACCUACAAACCAGACCAAGAGGAUCCGAAUAAGACGGUGCUGAAACAAGACGUCAUUGUGACAAUUACACUGCCAGCGUUUGCCGAUUAUUGUGAGAAGACGUUCCUCAGCAUUUAUUCACAGAAUGCUAGUAAGGGUCGCCAAGGUGUCGAAUGGGUGAUCGAUCAUUUGAAGAAGGAAUACGAGGCGAUUUCGACGAAGGUGAGCAGCGAAGUGCUCGAGAUGUCAGAGAAGAUGCGUUCAUGGAGUAUUCCCACGACGACGUCUUCAUCUACACCGUCAACGUCUUCAUCGAAAGCUCCGCCCACAAAACCGUCCACGUCAUCAACAUAA